CGCAGCUCUGAGUCUCAGCCCUGCACUGUUGCCACUCUCUGCCAGACUCACAAGUAACAGCAACUGAGUGAGAAAACAGCGGUGGAGAAGAGCAAUAGCGAAUAUGAAGAAGUAAAGAUGGACGAGGCAGACACAGAUGUAACAGUUUUCUCCACAAAACACUGCUGAUAACAGCAAGUAUAAAAUGGCUACAAGUUCUAAGGAUCUCCUCCUUGAUGCAAUAGAUGAUUUAGUUGAAGAAGAAUACAUAAGAUUUAAAUGGAAACUGGACCAUGUGCGACUGAAAGAAGGAUAUAGAAACAUUCCUAAAAGCUAUUUGGAAAAUGCUAAACAAACUGAAGUUGUGGACAAGAUGAUUGAUUUCUAUGGUGAUGGUUAUGCUGUGGAGGUUGCAGCUGAAACCCUGGGUUGCAUCAAUCAGAAUGAUCUUGUUGAGAAACUGAAGGGAGUGGUACAACAGUUCAAUGAAACUGACAAUUUAAAGCCACAGACCUUGUCUGCUGACACUCCAGAAACCAGAAGCAGAUUCCCAGUUGCCUUACAAACACUGAAAAACACCCACAAAUCCUUCCUAAUAACAAAGUUUGAAUGUGUAUCUGAAUGUAUUGCUAAACCUGGGGAGCAACCUCUACUCAAUGAAGUGUUUACCAGUUUACACAUAACAGAGGGUGAAUGUGGAGAGCUGGAUUACAACCAUGAAGUGAGGCAGAUUGAGUCCAAGAAAGUAAGAUCACAGGCUCUGACCAUCAAAUGCAAUGACAUUUUCAUACCAAGUGAGAGGAGUCCCAAAAGAAUAAGGACAGUACUAACCAAGGGGAUCGCUGGCAUUGGAAAAACCUUCUCUGUUCAAAAGUUCAUUCUUGACUGGGCAGCUGGAGAUGACAACUGUGGAUUUGAUUUUAUAUACAUUUUUCCAUUCCGUGAACUGAACUUGAUGAUAAAAGAAAAAAUCAGUCUGGUGGAACUUGUUCAGCUGUUUUAUCCACACAUGAAAGAGUGUGAGGAUGUUUCAUCGCUUGACUCAACCAAAGUCCUCUACAUCUUUGAUGGCCUGGAUGAAAGCAGACUUCACUUAGAUUUUACAAACUGUGGGAAGUUGUGUGAUGUGAAAAAGUCAACUGUCUUGGAUGUUUUGCUGAUAAAUCUUAUAAAGGGAGAUUUGCUUCCCUCUGCAUCUCUUUGGAUAACUUCCAGGCCUGUAGCAGCAAGUCACAUUCCUUAUCAAUACAUCAGCAGGUUGACUGAGAUACAAGGCUUUGAAGAUCAGCAGAAGGAAGAGUACUUCAGGAAGAAAUUCAAAGAUUCAACUCUGGCAGAAAAGAUCCUCUUACAUGUGAGGAUGUUAAGGAGCGUUCAUGUCAUGUGCUAUGUCCCUGCUUUCUGUUGGAUUAUAGCCACUGUUCUUGGACACACAUUGGGUGAAAAUGGCAAUGAGAACAUUCCCAGAACCCUGACAGAAGUGUACACACACUUCCUGCUAGUUCUGCUGGCUUUACAGAAUCAGAAAAAUGAAAACAUAGAAGAACUACUGAAAGAAAAUCAAGAAGCCAUUCUUAAUAUGGGGAAGUUGGCCUUUCGUAACCUAGAAAGAAACAAUCUCAUCUUUUAUGAAGAUGACCUGAGAGAAUGUGGCAUUGAUAUAAGACAGUCAUCAGUUUACUCUGGGAUUUUUAGAGAAAUAUUCAAAGGAAAAUCAACAAUUUUUAAAAAGAUUGUAUAUUCCUUUGUACACCUGACAGUCCAGGAAUAUUUUGCAGCUUUGUAUGUUUUUGCAUCAUUUCAAAACAAAAAUCGCAAUCCACUGGAAAAAACAGUGAAUGAGAAAUUCCGUGGCAUAUUUAGAACACGUUUAUGUGAAGUGUACAAGAUUGCAUUGAACAAAGCUACUAAGAGCAGAAAUGGUCACCUAGAUCUUUUUCUCAGGUUCCUCUUGGGCCUCGGGAUGAAGACCAACCAAGAACUGUUGAAAGGACUUUUAUUAAAAACACAAGACAAAUCAAAGGACAUCCAAAAGACAACUGAGGAUAUUAAACAGAUGAUUAGGAAAACAACUUCUCCAGAAAGAAGUAUCAAUCUCUUUCAUUGUUUAAGCGAACUGAACGACAAUUCUCUUGUUAAGAAUAUCGAGGUGUCCUUGACCUCGGGAAAUCUUUUGCAGCAGAAUCUUUCACCAUCAGAUUACUCAGCACUUGCCUAUGUAUUACAAAUGUCAGAAGAUGAAUUGGAUGCAUUGGACUUGAGCAAACACUCACUGCAAGACGAAGGUCUGCUGAGACUGAUGCCAGCUGCAAGAUUAUACAAAAGACUGAUGCUGAGUGACUGUCAUCUCACGGGAGAUUGCUGUGAGGACCUGGCCUCUGCUCUGCGUACAAACCAGUCAACCCUGAGAGAGCUGGAGCUGGAAAGGAAUAACCUGGGGGAUUCGGGGGUGAAACUGCUGUCUGCUGCACUGAAGGAUCCAAACUGUAAAUUAGAGAAACUGGGGCUGAGGCAGUGUGAUCUGAUGGGUGAUUGCUGUGAGGAACUGGCCUCUGCUCUCCGUACAAACCACUCAACCCUGAGACAGCUGGAGCUGGGAUGGAAUAUCCUGGGGAAUUCGGGGGUGAAACUGCUGUCUGCUGCACUGAAGGAUCCAAACUGUAAAUUAGAGAAACUGGGGCUGAGUGAGUGUCGUCUCACGGGAGAUUGCUGUGAGGACCUGGCCUCUGCUCUGCGUACAAACCAGUCAACCCUGAGAGAGCUGGAGCUGGAAAGGAAUAACCUGGGGGAUUCAGCGGUGAAACUGCUCUCUGCUGCACUGAAGGAUCCAAACUGUAAAUUAGAGAAACUGGGGCUGCGGAAGUGUGAUCUCACGAGUGAUUGCGGUGAAGACCUGGCCUCUGCUCUGCGUACAAACCAGUCAACCCUGAGAGAGCUGGAGCUGGAAGGGAAUAACAUGGGGGAUUCGGGGGUGAAACUGCUGUCUGCUGCACUGGAGGAUCCAAACUGUAAAUUAGAGAAACUGGGGCUGAGUGUGAAUUGUCUCACGGGGGAUUGCUGUGAGGACCUGGCCUUUGCUCUCCGUACAAACCACUCAACCCUGAGAGAGCUGGACCUGGAAUGGAAUGACCUGGAGGAUUCGGGGGUGAAACUGCUGUCUGCUGCACUGAAGGAUCCAAACUGUAAAUUAGAGAAACUGGGGCUGGGUGGGUGUGGUCUCACGGAUGAUUGCUGUGAGGACCUGGCCUUUGCUCUCCAUACAAACCAGUCAACCCUGAGAGAGCUGGAGCUGGAAGGGAAUAACCUGGGGGAUUCGGGGGUGAAACUGCUGUCUGCUGCACUGGAGGAUCCAAACUGUAAAUUAGAGAAACUGGGUCUUAAGUCAGAAGAAGCCAUGUGGGAAUGGCUGAAGAUGAUGUCUGGACAGAGCCACUGUGACAUCACUCAAACAGACCACACCUACCUCUCGAUACAAUAAUAAUGUGUUUUUUUAAUUUAAUGCAUAUCAUUGUUUGGGUACUAUAAGGAAGAUGCAUAUAUUAGGGUCUGUAUUAGAUACACGUUCUCAAGGCUGGGAAACAGUUCUAAUGAGAACAUGCUUGCUGAAUAUAACUGCUGUUUAAUUGUAUGAGAACAGCUUGACUCAUUACAUCACAGAGCAGAACAGGGAGGAGAGGAUAUCCCGUCUGUGCCCUCAUGGUCUGCACUGUUGUGCUGCCCAAUAGACUUCUACUAUUUCACUGACAUUACAUUCUUGCAUUUGAAAAAAUCCACUGUUCUGUAUCCAAGUUAAUCAUUUAUUGCUACCAAAUAUUAUUUUAUAAUCUUUUUGAAACGUUUGAACUAGGUGCCAUACAUUUGAGAGUUGUCUUGAAUUGUGUUAUUUCUUAAUGAAUGAGUAUUACAAUGAUUAAAUUGGUUGAUUAUUUGAUUUUACACAUUCAUUAUUAGUUGUGUAAUGCAUUAAUUGCUGUUUUUGCUUAACUUGUACUAAUAAAAUGUUCAUAUUGGAAA